AUGGCGAUGAUGACUGGCCGUGUGCUGCUGGUGUGUGCCCUCUGCGUGCUGUGGUGCGGUGCCGGCGGUGGUGGACACGCGAUGGAGGAUUACUGCGGUGAGGGUGGAGGGAACGGUUUGAGGCACACGAGUAAUGGUGGAGAUGACGGCGUGUCUCUAAAGGCGGACUGCGGGUUGUUAUCCACUCGAACGGCAUCAAUAAAGGCGGUUGAGGCUGUGGAAGCUGGAGAAGAAGGAUUGAGUGUUCCAGACCCGCCUCAGGAUACGGAGGAAUCAUCACCUGAUAAUAAAUUGAACGAUAAUACGAGGUGCACUGCAGAGCCUGGUUUAGGAGGUGGCGGUGUCGCAGGUCAAACAGCAGAAGCAGCAGUGGUGUUUCCACACACGAGGUGA